GUGAAGAGCCCCCGCUGAGGCGCUGUGUAACACCUGUCAGCUCUACUACAUGGGGGACCUGAUCCAGCACCGCAGGACACAGGACCACAAGAUCGCCAAGCAAUCCCUGCGACAUUUCUGCAGCUUUUGCAACCGCUAUUUCAAGACCCCCCGCAAGUUUGUGGAGCACGUGAAGUCCCAGGGACACAAGGACAAAGCCAAGGAGCUGAAGAUGCUCGAGAAGGAGACGGCUGGCCAGGAUGAGGACCACUUCAUCACGGUGGAUGCCGUGGGCUGCUUUGAGGGUGAUGAAGAGGAGGAGGAGGAGGACGACGACGAGGAAGAAGAGAUCGAGGUUGAGGAGGAAUUCUGCAAGCAGAUGAGGUCCAGAGAUAUGUCCAUAGAGGAGUGGAAAGGCUCAGAGACCUAUAGCCCCAAUACCGCAUACGGUGUGGACUUCCUGGUGCCCGUGAUGGGCUACAUCUGCCGCAUCUGCCACAAGUUCUACCACAGCAACUCAGGGGCACAGCUCUCCCACUGCAAGUCCUUGGCCCACUUCGAGAACCUGCAGAAAUACAAGAAAGCCAAGAACCCCAGCCCUACCAGCAGGCCCGUGAGCCGCCGGUGUGCGAUCAAUGCCCGCAACGCCUUGACUGCUCUGUUCACUUCUGGAGGCCGCACAUCCACCCAGCCCAGCACCCAGGACCCAGCGAAAACCCCCAGCAAGGUGACAGCCCAACCCCCUCCGCCCCCACUACCACGGCGCUCAACACGCCUCAAACCCUGAUGGAGGGAGCGCCUCAUGCCCACCCUGUCUGGGUCGGGGUCCGCUGUGCUUUACAGAAGUCUUGUGUAGAAAUUUGACAAGGUUGGUGUUUUUCCUGAAAGUCGAAUAAAAGAAGGUAAUUUGGCAAA